AGCUUAGCUCUCCAGUCCGCAAUCGUCGGUUUUGCCAACCAAACGUGCUUCAUUUUCCAUCCAACUGAAGAUUCGCAUCAUUUUUUUGUAUUGUAUCUUUUCCCGAUUCCGAGUCCGGAUCAGAGUUCAGAUUCUGUUGAUAGUGAAUCGGGGUUUUUGCCAAUCAAAUUUUGAAGAGAAUGCAACAGGAGUAUACAACUGGAGUAUAACGAUAGAAAAUCAUAAAAGGAUAUCGACGACGACGGUGACGCUUUUCUGCAAAUGCUGUAAGGAUAUUGAUAUUGCGUACGCAGAUUCGUACGCUUUGGCCAUUCAACAGCCUAAGCCUGAGAACCUCGCAACCUCUCAACCUCGCAACCUCUCACCUCUGCUAUUUGUCGCCGUAUCGAUUUUCCGUUACAUCGUUAUACACACACACUAACUAACCCAGUUGGCACUGGCCCACUGCCAUUACGCAUACGCCCCGUGGCCCGACUCUUCGCCCGCCUAUCCGCCCGUCUCCCGCACACACGCACAACCAUCCGCAGAUGAGAGCGGCUCGGUGUGUGUGUAAGAGCGCGAGUGUGAGCCUGUGUGUGGGUUAGGUGGCAUAUGUAUGUAUAUGUAUCUGUAGCAGGUUCGAUAUCAAUAUUCGACUUGUGGCCACAAUUUGUUGCAUCUCGGAGGCACUGGAAGCAUGUUUCAUUUGGCACGGACAAACCAUUUAGGGCUACAAUAGCAAUAGCCACUCUGUACAUAGACAGACACCACUCAUCACCAAGGAGGAAGGCAUCAGAAACGCCACUAACGCCGCAUCCAAACAUCCAAACUCGUGACUUUAGUUUACAAAAACCAAACAUCCAACUUGAAUCCCGAAAGAAAGAUGGCGAGCUAUCAGCUAUGGCAGAUGCAGCCAGGGAACUUGGCGGUAAUGAUGCUGCUCCUGGUGCUCCAUCAGGUGCUGGCCCAGGGCCCGCCGCCGCUGCAGGUGUGCCCGGAGCAGAGCGACAUCUCGCCCUGCAUCUGUACGGUGAAGAAGAACGGCCUGGACAUCCUGUGCGAGACCACGGAUCUGGCCCACAUUACCAAGUCAAUGGGCACGCUCAAGGGCAAGAGCCCCAUCAUUUUUUACCUUAAGCUGCGCCACAACAACCUGCCCAAGCUGCAGGGCUUCGUCUUCCUAGCCCUGGACAUCCGCCACCUGACCAUUCACAACAGCAGCCUGGCGGCCAUCGAGGAGAAUGCCCUCAGUUCAUUGGGCAAGGGCCUUACCCAGCUGGAUGUGUCUCUCAACCAAAUGAAGACUGUGCCCUCACAGGCACUGCAGCAUCUGUUCCACCUGUUGAUCCUCAAUCUCAAUCACAACAAAAUCUCGGUGAUCCACAACAAUGCCUUCGAGGGCUUGGAGACCUUGGAGAUUCUCACGCUCUACGAGAACAAGAUUACGCAAAUAGACCCAGAGGCUUUCCGUGGACUAGAGAGCAAACUAAAACGUCUGAAUCUGGGUGGUAACGACCUGAACAGUGUCCCUCAAAAGGCUCUGUCCAUUCUGGACACACUCAAGAAGUUGGAAAUCCAGGAAAAUAAGAUACGUACCAUUAGCGAAGGAGAUUUUGAAGGUUUGCAGAACUUGGACUCCUUGAUCUUGGCCCACAACAUGAUCACCGCAGUGCCUGCCAAUGUCUUUUCGCAUCUCUCACAGCUGAACUCCUUGGAGUUGGAGGGCAACAAGAUCAGUGUCAUUGACAAAGAUGCUUUCAAAGGACUAGAAGAAAACCUGCAAUAUCUACGCCUGGGUGACAACCAAAUCCACACCAUUCCCAGUGAGGCACUGCGUCCUCUGCACCGUCUCCGGCAUCUGGAUUUGCGCAACAAUAAUAUCAAUGUUCUGGCCGAAGAUGCUUUCACAGGCUUUGGAGACUCUCUAACUUUCCUAAAUCUUCAGAAGAAUGACAUCAAAGUGUUGCCCAGUGUCCUUUUCGAGAAUCUCAACUCGCUGGAGACCUUGAAUCUGCAAAACAAUAAGCUGCAGCGCAUACCCCAGGAUAUAAUGGAGCCUGUUAUAGAUACUCUACGCAUUAUCGAUAUAACCGAUAAUCCACUGAACUGCUCCUGUGAGCUGAUCUGGUUCCCCAAGCUGUUGGAGGACCUGAAGAACAAGGACGACGAAAUGUCGCAGAAGAAGAAGCCGCUGUGCCACAUGUCGCUGGACAAUCGCGAGUACUUCGUCCAGGCGAUGCCCACCGAGAAGAUGCACUGCUCCGGCCUCAAUGUGAGUCCCUCGCCUACCAGCGGCGGUCUGAUGCGGAUCCUGCAAGUGAACAUCCUGGCCCAGAUUGCCGUGUGUAGCGUGGCGUUUCUGACUAGCGUUUAAAAACGAAUCUCGCCAUUCGCUAUUCGCCAUUCGCCAUCUAUCUAUCUUACUAACUGUCUAUCUGUAUAGCUAGACGCGAUGUUCUAUGUGGGUCAGUUUCAGCUUCAGACACACAGAAACACACAGCCACUUACCUUUGCCAAGUGAUCAGUGAUAGAUGGUGCUUAUCACUCAAUGCAUUUGCCUUUUAAUUCGACUCGAUUCGGUUUUCUAUACAAAAAAGACAAAAACAUAAAACAAACAAAAAAGAAACUUUAAAUCAAUUUCACCGACCACUCGAACCACUCGAACCAUCGAAGAAAAAACCAUUUCUGUGUUGUUGUAUUGUAUAUGUUUUCUUAUAGAUUAUAGAGAAUCCGUGAAUUAUGCAACUCUGCCACUAAUUAGAGUCAGAAAGCACGCUUUUCGAAGCCACCAAGCAGAGAAGCAGAGGGCAGCAGCCUGGCACAGCAACCACCCGAUAAAGAAGCCACCAGCCAAAUCAAAAAAAAACCAACAACUCGAGAGAUUGCACAGUAGCUCGACACGAAUGGGGAUAUAUAUAUACAGAAUACAGAUAUAUAAACACUGCUGAGGAUUCAAGGAGUCGGCAGGAUAUUGUUAACGGACAUAGCUUAGUUGUAAGGCUUGAUUUAGGCACAAGGGAAACCCAAAUCGAAAUUGAAACUCAAACAUAUCAGAAAAAUAUUGUUAUUAUUAAGAAAAAAGAAAAUUCGUUGUUACGAUUACACCCCCAGAUAGUCCUUGCCCGACAGGAUAUUAAUGUGCAAUUAAGCCAACAUUUAUUAUGUGUAGUCUAUCGUCGUCUUGUCGUCGGUGUUGUGAGAUACAAUCAUUAUAAAACGCGUUCUUAGCAUCCGCACCUGAGAUCAUCAGAUCACCAACCAGUUCCACCUUUACUCCUACCCCUAUACCAUUCCUACCAUUCCUAAAUCCUGGGCAGGAUUCCAAACACAACUCCGAGAAUAUUCAUUUGCAUCAAUCCCCAAGAACUGAUUAUGGAAUAAGUAGUUUGUACUCUUUAUUUGCCACAAACGACGGGGCAAGUACUCCCAAAAAGAAAUCUUGACAAAAAAACAAUCCCACUUCCCAACACAACAAAACAAAAUCGAGAAUGCAUAUCGUUAUUAUAUUGUUAUAUUAUAUAUAUCGUGACAUAUCAAGCUAAAAUAGUGACAUUUUAUAGUACAUUUACUUACAUUUUUGAGGCAUCUGGAUAAAGUUUAAAAAUAUAUUUACGCAAGAGGCAAGUUAAAAGUUAAAAAAAAGAAUAGAGAAACGUGAAAUUAGCUAAUGUAUGUUUGUAUGUAUUGCCGAGUGGAAUUUUUGAAAUUUUUUUAUACAUCUACUUUUAUACACGAAACAUACACGUUCAUUAAGUUCCAAUUCAAUUAGUUGUACAAACCGGAUGCCGUUUCCGCUCUCCGAUCCUAUCGCUUCCGCUUCCUUUGACCUCUCCAUCCGGUCGGUGGCUUGGGUCAGUAGCCACCCACCCAAUGGUGGGGCGGGGCAAUAGCAGUGGAUAACGGUACUGGUUAGGAUAUUGGUAACGGUAUCCAACAAUAAUAUUUUCAAAAGAAUGCGCUGCACCACCGAUUCGGGUCAGUUUCCUUUGGCAAAAGCUAUUCUUUUCAAAAUAUUACGAAACAAACUGUAAGCCGGGUAUUCGUAAUGCUCUAUAGCUCACAUGGGUGAGCUAAUAUAUUCCCUAAAUGGGGAAUAUAUCCGAGAAUCCAACAAAUAAAGAAUCCAUAUUGGUUACAAAUGCAA